CCUUGUUUUCUAUCUAUGGUGGAGUUGCAUCGGUUUCCAGAGGCGGGUUUAAGGUUUUUCCAGGUGGUGGAGGGGCUGCGCGAGCGUUACCAUGGUUACCUCCAGGCCGGCUGGCGCUGCCUGUAUCAUGUGCUUGUUGCUUUGUCUUUCCUGCGCCAGGCUUCCCUUUCCUGUCACAGAACGCAAGGAAACCUGGUAAUUUCUGUACAGUACUCUGCGGCCUCCUUAGGAUGGCACCCUCUGUGCGCAAGAAAGUAAUGCUUCAGAGCCUAGCACAGUUACUACGGGAUUCUGGGGACUUGAUUCUAGAUGGUACUAGCACCCUGACCUUAUUCACUUCCACACUUCAGAUUCUCAAUCAGAUCUUUGAGCAGUAUCUACUACCACGAAACCAGAAUCAUGGCUUCAUUGCACUUUCAUCACAUCCUGCUGAAACAUCUGCUAUUCUUCAAGCCCAGUUUCUCUUUGAUGUCUUGCAAAAAACUCUCUCACUGAAGCUUAUAUAUAUUCCUGAUUGUUCUCCAUCAGCUCCUGUGAAGAUUUCCCCCUUUAAAUCAUUGCGACGUUUAGAGCUGAGGUGUGUUCCUCUGCACUGUCUGCGGGGCCUGAGGUUUGUUUAUUCCCAGUUGGAGGCUUUGACUUGUUCCAGAUGUGUGAACUCCCUGGAAGAGAUCCUUUCUGCAUGUGGAGGAGAUCUCAGUUCUGCACUUCCUUGGUUGGAGUUACAGACAGCCAACUUCAGCUAUAAUUCUAUUGGAACCUUGGAUGAUUCACUGCAAUUAUUGAAUGUCCUGAAGGCUUUGGAUCUUAGUCAUAAUCUCAUCCAGGACUGCCAGCACUACCUGACUGUGCUGACGGAGCUGGAAUACUUAAAUGUGGCCUAUAAUUUCGUGUCUAAGGUGCCUGAACUUGGACUACAUAGCUGGGCUAAACUGGUGACCCUAAUUCUCCGGUACAACCACCUAGACAACAUUAGAGGUGUGGAACAACUGUCAAAUCUUCAGCACCUAGAUAUUGCCUAUAACUUGUUGCUGGAACACUCUGCCCUAGCACCGUUGGCUUGGUUGCACAACAUGAAAAGACUGCAUCUGGGAGGAAAUCCUUUAUGGUUCCAUCCGAAUCACCGGCUUGCUACUCUAGUGCAUUUAUCUCCUAGGGUUAUUUCCUGCAGUUUCCUUCUUGAUGAAGAACCCCUGUCUGUCUCCAGUUUACAGCACCACUCAAAGCUGGAUCAUGCAGUUGCUCAACCACUCUGCACUUCAGGCUCAGAGAGAAUCUUGAUAAACCGGAAUGCCCUGGAAAGUUCAUGUGCUGCAGACCAAAGUGAUAGCCAAUCCCCCAAAGACAGCACAUCUGUCGGACUGUCAUCUCGGAAGAGAGCGAAGGGGAAAAUUAAAGUGCGCAGGGCCAGUAUUUCUGAGCCCAGUGACACAGAACAUGAGUACAGAACUCAACCUCUCUCAGAAGGUAUAUUUCAGCAACAUCAGGCAGAGAUGGAGCGCAUGGACAAUGUUCGGGAUCGCUUUGGGGCAAACUGGCUCCUGUAUAGGCGACACCUGGAAGCAGAUGGACCCAGAAGAUCUACUGUCCACUCUAGCAGCCCCACAGGAGACUUUCUAGGAAGCUCAGGUGGGACAUCGGAGAAGAGCAAGAGCACCAUGCAGGAGCAGAAGCUUCCUGAUGCUGCAGAAGGAAAAGAACUGGAACCGCCUGAUCCUGAAAUUGUGGUGGAAAAUCCCAAAGCAACAGCAGAAAGGGAUAGAUCGAUAGCUAAUGAAGAUAAAGAUCAGGAAGAAAUACUGGAAGGUAAAUAAUGCUGCUCCUGGGCCACUGUCCAUUUCUGUGGGUAAGUGAGACUCUUCAGAUGUUUAA